AUGUCCCGAUCGGCUUUGGCUAUCUUUCCAACUAACACUGAAAUUUAUCAAGGUAUUGCUAAAGCUCGUCGGAAAGCAUCACCAACAUUACCACAAUCCUGUUUAUUCACUAUUCCUGAUAUAUAUAAAUCUACAAUCGAUGGCAAACGUUUUUUGUUGUAUGAUGAAUCACGUGUCAGACGUGAACGUAUUUUACUGUUUGGAAGCGAUGAUCAACUUGAUUUAUUGUUCGAUUCACCUAUAGUAUUUAUGGAUGGAACAUUUAGCAAAGCACCGCCUAAUUUCUGCCAAAUUUAUAUUAUUCAUGCGGUCAAUUUUGACAUAUGUUUACCAUGUGUAUUUGGAUUAUUGGUUAACAAAAAGUCGAUUACGUAUAAACAGAUAUUUGUCAAACUGAAGGAGAUCGCAUCUGAACGUGGUAAAUCUUUCUCACCUGGGUUGAUAAUAACUGAUUUUGAAUCUGGUGUACUUCCUGUAUUGAAAUCGGAAUUCCCAUGUUCGAAACAUAUGGGGUGUUUUUAUCACUUCUGUCAAGCGGUCUAUCGGCAAAUACAGUCUCUAGGAAUGCAACAACAAUAUACAGAAGAUGAAACAUUCCGUUGUCUGUGUCGAAAGUUAAUGGCAUUGGCAUUAAUGCCAAGAGAUAAAGUGAAGAGUAGCUUCGAAGAAAUACAGGAAGAUGCUUGCAAACUACCUGGUCAGCCAAUGGAUCAGUUGUUGGAAUACUCCGAAGAUAAUUGGAUGAACGAUGUGGAUUUAUGGAACGUAUCUGAAUCUAAUGUUCGGACGAACAACAACUGUGAAGGAUAUCACAAUCGGAUGAAUUUCCGACUACAACGUAAUCAUCCAAAUAUGUGGCUUUUCUUCAAUUUUUUGCAAAAAGAAGAAAAGCGGGUGACAUCCAUGAUAAUUCAAUGGUCCAGUGGUGCAUCAAAGAAAAAAAAUCAACGAACAACAGCAAUACAAAAUCGCAUUAAUACGUUAUACAAGCGUUAUACUGAUGAUCUUAUUGGUGCAUCAACUCUUCUCACCGGUUUGUCUUCGAUCGUGGCUAAAAGCGGCAAAUAA